AUGGAGAGAGGGAGUUUACUUUCUAAAGUGUUGCUUUUUCUGCACAUGGCUCUGUUUUUUCUUCACACAAACUCAUCUGAAAUGAAAGUGAUUGAUGUGUUGGCGCUGAGUGGCGCUGCUCGGAUGGCGGCGGCGGUGGAGGAUUUGGUGGAAGGUUUGGGGAAAAUGAAGGAAGUGUACGUGACCUCCACUUUCCAUCUCCCUCCUAAACUGGGCGGCGUACUGUUUGGAAUCUACAGCAGAGACAACGGCAAGAAAUACCUGGAGAUCACCGUCAUUGGCAAGAUCACUAAAGUCUUAAUAAGAUAUUUGGGCUCUGAUGGGAAGCUCCGCUCCGUGAAUCUGCAUAACCCCGCCCUCUCCAGUGGACGGAGCCAGUCACUCAUCCUCAGAGUGGGCGGACUCAGACAGAGCCACAUCAGCUUUGAACUCUACAUUAACUGUCGUCUGAUUGAUUCCGCCCACGGGCUGCCUUCAUUGGCCAAACUGCCUUCAAAGGUGGAGUCUGUGGAGGUCCGGAGCGGACAAAGGAACUUCGCCAGAAUGCAGGGUUCAGUGGAGUCUCUAAAGCUGGCUCUCGGUGGUUCUCUCCCUAAAGCUGGGCUCCUCACUGACUGCUCACUACAGGGAGACUCAACACUACACAACAUAGUGGGCAGUGACAUCAGUGCCAUGCUGGGCGAUCACACUAAGGCUCUGAUUGGUCAGCUGAUCAUCUUUAAUCAAAUUAUGGGCAAUCUGAGAGAGGACAUCAGAGAUAUGACCAAGGAAAUGUCUUUAAUCAGGAACACAAUCCUGGAGUGCCAAGUAUGUGGUUUCCAUGAGCCUCAGUCCCGUUGUCAGUCCAACCCAUGUUAUGAUGGUGUUGCAUGUGUGGAUGUGUCAGAGUUUCCUGGGUAUCAGUGUGGCUUGUGUCCCGUAGGCACCACAGGCAAUGGAACACACUGCCAGGACAUCAAUGAGUGUGCAGCACAGCCAUGUUUCUCUCCUCACAUGUGUGUGAACAGUGUUAAGGGGUUUCACUGUGAGCCAUGUCCUUUAGGGUUCUCCGGUGCUGAGCUGAGUGGAGUUGGCAUGGAAUUUGCCCAGAACCACAGACAGGAAUGUCUGGACAUAGAUGAGUGUGCAGCUCAGACUGGCCCCUGCGUCCCCAACUCCGUCUGCAUCAACACAGCAGGUUCGUUUCAGUGUGGUCAGUGUAAAACGGGUUUUGCGGGGAAUCAAACAUCAGGCUGUUUUCUCAGGAGAACAUGCGUUCUGCUCAGCCACCAUCCAUGCGACGUCAAUGCUCACUGUGUGAUGGAGCGCAGCAGUGACAUCUCCUGUAUGUGUAACAUGGGAUUUGCAGGGAAUGGGAAUAUCUGUGGUGUCGACUUUGACCUCGAUGGCUAUCCAGAUGAAGCACUUCCCUGCAUUGAUAACGAUAAACACUGCAGAGCCGAUAACUGUGGCUCCACACCAAAUUCUGGUCAGGAGGACACAGACGGUGAUGGUGUCGGAGAUCAGUGUGAUGAAGAUGCAGAUGAAGAUGGAAUAAAGAACAUGGAGGAUAAUUGUCAUCUGGUGCCCAAUAAGGACCAGCAGAACUCAGACACCGACUCAUAUGGCGAUGCGUGUGAUAACUGUCCAAAUGUUCCUAAUGGAGAUCAGCUGGACACAGACGGUAAUGGCGUGGGAGACAGCUGUGAUAGUGACAUCGAUGGAGAUGGAAUCCCUAACAUGCUGGAUAACUGCCCAAAUAUCCCCAAUGCCAUGCAGACGGACCGAGAUGGCGAUGGAGUGGGAGAUGUGUGUGACAGCUGUCCUGAUAUCAACGACCCGACUCAGUCAGAUGUUGAUAACGACUUGGUGGGAGACGUCUGCGACACAAACCAGGACACAGAUGGUGAUGGUCUCCAGGACACGAGGGACAACUGUCCUGAAAUCCCCAACAGCUCUCAGGUGGACUCAGAUAACGACGGCGUCGGAGAUGAUUGUGAUGAUGACGAUGACAAUGAUGGAGUUCCAGACAUUGCUUAUCCUGGUCCUGAUAACUGCAGACUCAUCCCAAAUCCUAACCAAAAAGACUCGAACGCUGAUGGAUUGGGUGAUGUGUGUGAGAAUGAUUAUGAUAAUGAUAAAGUGAGCGACACGAUGGAUGCCUGUCCUGAAAAUGCUGACAUCACUAUGACAGACUUCCGAGCCUUUCAGACAGUCAUCCUGGACCCACAUGGGGAUUCCCAAAUCGACCCCAACUGGGUGGUGCUCAAUCAGGGGAUGGAGAUCAUACAGACAAUGAACAGUGACCCCGGUUUGGCUGUAGGCUACACGGCAUUCAACGGUGUUGAUUUUGAGGGCACAUUCCACGUGAACACAAUGACCGACGAUGACUAUGUGGGCUUCAUCUUCGCUUACCAGGACUCGUCCAGCUUCUAUGUGGUGAUGUGGAAGCAGACGGAGCAGAUAUACUGGCAAAACCUGCCCUUCACAGCACUGGCUGAACCUGGUCUACAGCUAAAGGCAGUGAAGUCUCGUACAGGUCCAGGUGAGUAUCUGCGUAACGCAUUGUGGCACACUGGUGACACACAUGGAGAGGUGACCCUGCUCUGGAAGGAUCCGAGGAAUGUGGGAUGGCAUGAUAAAACAUCGUACCGCUGGAGCCUCAGCCAUCGGCCACAGGUCGGCUACAUCAGAGUGCGUCUGUAUGAAGGCGCUGCUCUGGUUGCGGACUCCGGUGUGGUGAUUGACACCUCGAUGAAAGGAGGACGUCUGGGUGUUUUCUGCUUCUCACAGGAGAACAUUAUCUGGUCUAAUCUGAACUAUCGAUGUAACGAUACGAUCCCAGAUGAUUUUUACCUCCAUCACAAACAGAUGAACCUCAGGACGGGAGCAUAGAUGAGCGUCCAUGUCUUUAAUCACUGCAUCAUGCAACCUCAAGAUACCACAGUCUGCAGUGUGUGCGCGUGCGUGCUAGUGCUGUAUGUGAGCUCAUGUCUCUGUGUCUGGAUAGUGUUUUAUUUCCCCCUUAAUCUUAUGAUUGCUGAUUAACUCAGUGUCUGUAUUAAACUCAGUAUUUAGUCCAGAGAGUCUCACACUGAGGACAGCUAGGAUGCAGAUGUGACAUAAUUAAUGCUACAGAGUGAAAGCUUCUGUUACAAACACGUUAAAACACCUCGACAAAUACACUGAACACCACCAAAGCCUCGAGGUGCGUAUCUGCUCACAACAGUCACCCACGACUUGUACAGCCAUCAUUUUUAUCAUAAAUAAUAUUUC